AUGAACAGGUUCGACUCCCGUCGAGAAGCGCCGAAGAGGCCGUGGGACGAGAAUGGAAGCCUCUACUUGAGCACCAGCGCUCCUAAUUUCUACCCAGGAAUCACCAGCGGCGCUGGCGGUAAUGCAAGUGCAAUGCGUGCGCUGCCUCCACCGGUUAUCAACUCCCGAAAGCUCCCCGGGCUGUCGACGGCCCUCGACGAUCACGUGGCUUCCACCGUCGUCCCUUCGGUUACUGUCGUCCUCGAGGGCCGCUCCAUCUGUCACCGCAUCCAUCUCCACAAGCACAGCAGCUACAAGAGCUUGGCAGUGGCCCUACGCCGCAUGUUUGUCGAUGUGGACGACAACAAAGGCCUGGGUGAGAGUGGGCCCGACGGGCUCGAUCUCUCCAACGCCGUGCCGGGCUACAUGGUUGCCUAUGAAGACAUGGAAGAUGACCUCCUCCUCGCCGGUGAUCUUAACUGGAAGGAUUUUGUCCGUGUGACUAAGAGAAUUCGGAUAAUACCAGCGAAGGCGAGCCGCCGGAAGCACUGCAAAGGGGCAUGA